AUGUUGAGCCAAAUUAUCAAAUCACCCCUCUUCCUCGCCGUCUCAUUUUCCGCUAUCGUUUAUCUCAUCUACACAAGCAGCCUCGUCUCUAAUGGCGCCCUCAUUAAUAAUCUUUGUGUAUACUCUGCAGAAAAAUUAGUAUUACAAACUUCCAUUUUGGAUUCCAACACCACCAUACUACCACUAAAGCGAGAGACGAAUGAAGAAAAAGAAGAUAGUGAAACUCCUGAUCCUCUGAUUCCUCCUCCUGAUUUGACAAUACAAAAAAGAAUAGAAUGGUUCCGGGGAAAAGUUCCGGAACUUGAUGUUCUCAAAUCAGACGACUCCGGUCAGAAAUUUCAUGGUCGGGUUCUGGAAUUCUUUGAUAAAAAUUGUACAAAUCAGUUCUUCAUGAUUUGGUUUUCACCCGCGCGGACAUUUGGACCGAGAGAAUUCUUGGCGGUUGACACUCUAAUGAAGGCCAACCCUCAAGCGUGCUUGAUGAUUUUAUCAAGAACUCUAGACGGGCGGCGUGGCUACAAAAUCUUGAAACCAUUACUUGAUCGCGGGGUUAAGAUUGUUGCAGUUACUCCCGAUGUGCCAUUUGUAGUGAAGAACACACCAGCUGAAGCCUGGCUUGAAGAAUUAAAGAGUGGAAACAAGGACCCUGGAAAGUUUCCAUUAUAUAAUAAUCUUUCCAAUCUCAUUAGACUUGCCAUUUUAUACAGGUACGGAGGUGUUUACUUGGACACAGAUUUCAUAGUUAUGAGAAACUUCACAGGGUUGAGGAAUGCGGUUGGUGUGCAAGUUAUAGAUCGAAACACUCAAAACUGGAGCUCGGUGAAUAAUGCAUUGAUGAUCUUUGAUAUUGCGCAUCCAAUUUUAGUCGAAUUCUUGAGGGAAUUCGCCACAACUUUUGAUGGAAACAUAUGGGGGCAUAACGGGCCUAACAUGCUUUCUAGAGUUAUUCAGAGGCUGAACGUUGGAGGCACAGCUCCUUAUAACAUUACAAUUUUACCAAUAAAGGCGUUUUAUCUAGCGGGUUGGCUUCAGAUACCCGAGCUGUAUAAGAAACCGACGACAGAGCAAGAAUCGAAACGGGUGGAAGACACGGUGGCUGAGCUUAACAGAGAGAGCUAUGCGCUACACCUAUGGAACAGGUUAACAAGAGAUUUGGUAAUUGAAGAGGGAAGUGUUAUACAAAGAACAAUUGCAUCUCGCUGUUUCAUUUGCCGAGACACGUAUAAUUCUUCGAUAACCAUUUAA